UCAUGAACAAUGCAACAGAUGUCUUUCGAGUAUAAUAAACAUAUUCAACAGUUCCGUAGAUCUUUGUUUGAUAACAAUCAAUAAAGUGAAGUUUGUCGUAGCAACCAUGCUUGGUAACGGUUUCCAGCGCCUACUUUGUUUUGCCAUAGCAAACAUUAUUCGAAAAAUUUUCACCGUCGUACCCGGAAGGACCGAUCCAGAACUCCAGGAUGAACAUCGCCACCAAAACCGGCCUUAUCGCGAGCCCUCGGAAGCACAUCGUCCGCCCAAAGAAGGAGUUCGACCCGGCCAUCCUGGCACCGUGUGCGAUCACCCGUCAAGUGCCCCUAGCGCUGCGCCCCUUCGGUGGACUGUACAACCCGUACUCCAAAGGUUGCUCCGUUCUGUGCAAUCACCCUGCCGCCCAGGAGGUCAAGAAUGUGGUACGGCUAGCUAAGGAUGCUUGGAUCACUGAGGCCCGCGCCAUGCACAAUGAGAAGCUGGGCCUCAAGACUGAAACAAAGCGCCUGCUGUCGAAGGACUCCGAUCUACCGGAGCACGUGCCGGAGGAGUUCUUUCGUCGGUACACCGACACGGACUCCCGGCCGUUGACUCCGACUCCGACCGUAGCUAGCGGACGAACCCGGGCAAGCGUGGGAGGUUCUCACCUGACGCGGCGCUGCGUCACACCAGAGCCGCAAACCCAGAACCAGCAGGAACGGAAGCAACUGAUCCUGGAUCUACGGCGGAGCCAUAGCCAGGAGACUCUGUACUGGAAUGCUUCGUCGGAAUUGUCCCCGAGUCAGCUGCAGGAUCCUUCCUGGAUGCAGCAUCACAGCCAGAUACCUCAAACGGUUGACGAGGAGCGUGUUCUUGGGGAUGGCGCGGAAUCGGACAAAGAAGGUGGUAAACCUCUUCCGAUGACCUGUAUCAAUGCGAUGGAGGAUGGCGAGGAGGAUCCUCCGCGGAGGCGCGGAAAGCGAAGGAAAAAGUCCAAACAGCUGACGCAGACGAUCAGCUUCACGCCGAAUCAAGAUCCGGAAACUCAGGUCGCUACGAUCGAUCCGGAUUCACCGAACUACUCAGCUCGUCCUUCGCUGGUGCCAACGGGGCGGAGCCUCCUCAGUUCGGCCGACACUCCUCCGAGGGUGAGCGUUGAAGAACCGGUGGAAUACGUGGAAAGCUUCCUGGACGAUGAAGCUCUCUGCCUACUGCGGCGGGGACUCAACAUCGACAUCGUGGAAGCGGUCUUCGAGCGAUACAGAUCACGCGCCAUGCAAGAAGCGUUUCGCACCGCAACCCUUGAUAAGCUGAACUACCAAACGAGGGCCGUCAGGCAGCUGGAAGAAACUAUGGACAUCCGCGACAUUGAUCACGACAAAUGGAUUGAACUGCCACGCAAGUAUUCUAGAUCUUCUGCACGCUUCGAACUUCCCAUGGAUACGAGAACUCUCUCCAUUAUGACUCCCAUCGAAUAUCUCAAGCGCCACGUAGUGCUCGGCGACGACCGGAAGAAACUCUAUCACCGGAUCUUCGUACGUAACCUCUCCCGGGAUGACGGCAAGUCCAUCCAGGAAUCGCUGGACUCGGAUUCCGUCGCGGAGACGGAAGCGCCCAUCCAAAUCCUGGAGAGCUUCCGGAACCUGAUGGCGGACGUAACGCGCCUCAUUCCGAUGGCCAACUUCGACAAGGCAAUGCACGAGGCGCUGGGUUUCCACGGGACGUCCGACAAGAUAUACGAGAUACGCGAACUGCUGGAGCUGAACUACGAGUACUACCAGGAGAUUCCGAUCGAUUUCCGCUCCUGGUGUGGGAUUGUGGCCUUUGCCGAGCGGUACAUCAUUACGCAGGAUCGCGAGACGGAUCCGUGCAACGAGCUGGAACAGGUGGACUUUGAGUCGCUGGAACGGCGAAUCCGGUCUUCGAAACCGUCGGAGAAUUUGUGCAAGGUUCUGCACAUUAUCAAGGGUCAUUGAUU